AUGGCCGCCCAGCGCUCCACCGCCCUCGCGGCCGCCCUGGCCGCCGCCGCGCUGCUCGCGCUGGCCGCCCCGGCCUUCGGCGCGAGCGCCCGCGGGGCCGCGCUCCGCGGCGCCGCGGCCCCCGAGCCGCCGGCGGAGGGCGGGGGCCCGCCCGCCCUCGGCAGGGCGGGCGGCGCCGUGCUGUCCCUGCUGGCGGCCCUCGUCGUGGCGCUCGUGCCGGUGGCGGAGGCCCAGGCGGCCAAGAGCGGGGGCCGCAUGGGCAGCUCGAUGCCCGCCCGCUCCGCCCCGCCGCCCAGGCCUGCGCCGCCCAGGCCCGCGCCCGCGCCCUCCUCAUCCAGCACCACCGUCAACAAGACCGUGGUGAACAAGACGGUGAUCGUCCAGCAGUCGGCGCCGGUCAUGGGGGCCGCGCCCAUCAUUGCGGGCCCCUCCAUGGGCGAGAUGAUCGUGGGCAACGUCGUCGGCAACGUCGCGGGCAACAUGAUCAGCAACGCCAUCCUGGGUGGAAGCGGCAGCCGCGGCCCGAGCAGCACCGACCGCAUGCUGGAGCAGCAGCAGCGCCAGGAUGAGCGCCAGCUGGACAAGCAGUCGAUGGAGCUCGAGAGCCUGCGGAGGGAGGUGCAGGACAUGAAGAUCGCCAGCGCGGCGAAGAGCUGA